AUGGCAUUGAUCGGUGGAGAUAUAUUAACCAACCGAAGAUUAGACUUUGAUGACGUCAAUAAUCGGAGAUACGAAUUUGAAGCACUCGCCGUUGACCAAGGUGAGCCCGGACUGACGUCGACGGCUUCCAUCAAAAUACAGUUGGUUGAUAUCAAUGACAAUGCUCCCAUUUUCACUGAACCUGUAUAUUACGGUAACGUUGAUGAGAACGCAGAAACCGGAACUACAGUCAUCAUGAAACGUUAUAUUGAAACUACUGACGCUGACGCUGGGCGCAACGCGGAUGUGUUCUAUACGCUCACCGGAAAUUACAGUGAUCAAUUCCAUAUUGAUGCCAACACGGGUAUAAUUACCACGACUAAUGAUGACGCAACUGCAAUUUUGGAUCGUGAAGAAAUAAGUCUGUAUCACCUUGUCGUCACCGCGCACGAUGGUGCCCACAAUUCCACGGUCCCGAUAAACAUCACAGUGAAUGAUGUUAAUGACAACGCUCCAUUAUUUGAAGAGGCGGUUUACCACUUCAAUGUGAGUGAAGACGCAACUGUCGGAACCACUGUAGGGUUGGUCGUAGCCCAAGAUAUGGACACCGGAAUCAAUUCUCGGUUGACGUAUUUUCUAGUUGGCGGAAGUGACGGUAAAUUCGCAGUAGAUCCCGUAAGUGGUGCAGUAUUCGUGUUGAGUCACCUCGAUCGCGAUACCACGGGAUCGUAUACUAUAAUCCUGUCAGUUACAGAUGGUGGUGAUGACAUUUUCAGCGACUUUACUGAGGCAGACAUCCAAAUAUUGGACGUCAAUGACAAUGCGCCAACGUUUGACAGUGAUAAUUAUCUAGCCGAUGUUGAAGAGGAACUUCCAUCCGGGACUUAUGUCUUCACAGUAACAGCUACAGACCCGGAUGCUGGGAGUAAUGGCGAUGUAAUGUACAGUCUUAAUACAGACGACUUUGUGGUAAACCAGACAACAG